ACUGUUUCGGCCAGAAGUGAAAAUUUAACCGAGGACAACCGAGGUCCAAAGCAAGCCGGAAACAUGGCUGCUAUAGAAAUACCACUGCGUGACACGGACGAGGUAAUAGAACUCGAUCCGGAGCAACUGCCCGAAGGAGAAGAGGUGCUCGGCAUCCUCCGACAGGAACGUUCACAGCUGAACACUUGGGUUACCGUAGCGCUUGCUUACUACAAACAAAGCAAAACGGAUGAUUUCAUCAAAAUUCUCGAAUCGUCCCGGUUGGACGCCAACAUCAACUACCGGGACUUUGAGAAAGACCAGAUGCGGGCGUACGACAUGCUGGCCGCUUACUACGUGCAGGAGGCCAAUCGGGAGAAGCUGAAGGACAAGAAGCGUGAGCUGUUCAUGAAGGCGACGUUGUUAUACACGACCGCGGACAAGAUCAUCAUGUACGACCAGAACCAUCUGCUGGGUCGUGCGUACUUUUGUCUGCUGGAGGGCGACAAGAUGGACCAGGCGGACGCUCAGUUCAACUUCGUGCUCAACCAGUCUCCCUCGAACAUACCGUCGCUACUUGGCAAGGCGUGCAUUGCGUUCAACAAGAAGGACUACCGGGGUGCCCUGGCGUUCUACAAGAAGGCAUUGCGCACCAACCCGAACUGUCCGGCGGCGGUACGCCUUGGCAUGGGACAUUGCUUUCUGAAGCUGAACAAUCAGGAGAAAGCGAAGCUGGCGUUCCAGCGGGCGCUCGAUUUGGAGCCGCAGUGUGUUGGUGCGCUGGUAGGGUUGGCCAUCCUGAAGCUAAACCUUCACGAGCCAGAAUCCAAUCGAUUGGGUGUGCAGAUGCUGUCAAAGGCGUACACGAUCGAUUCGACGAACCCGAUGGUGCUGAAUCACUUGGCGAACCAUUUUUUCUUCAAGAAGGACUACCAAAAGGUUCAACAUCUGGCGCUGCAUGCGUUCCACAAUACGGAGAAUGAAGCGAUGCGGGCGGAAAGCUGUUACCAGCUUGCCCGAGCGUUCCAUGUUCAGCGAGACUACGAUCAGGCGUUUCAGUACUAUUACCAGUCGACGCAGUUCGCGCCGGUUAAUUUUGUGCUGCCACAUUUUGGCCUAGGACAGAUGUACAUCUAUCGUGGUGAUUCGGAAAACGCUGCACAAUGUUUCGAGAAGGUGCUGAAAGCGCAACCGGGCAACUACGAGACGAUGAAGAUCCUUGGCUCGCUGUACGCCACGUCGUCCUCACAGUCGAAGCGUGAUAUCGCAAAGAAUCACCUCAAGAAGGUCACGGAGCAGUUCCCAGAUGAUGUCGAGGCGUGGAUCGAGUUGGCGCAAAUUCUCGAACAAAACGACCUGGCGGGAUCGCUGCAAGCGUACGGUACGGCCACCAGCAUCCUAACGGAGAAGGUGAACGCCGACAUACCGCCGGAGAUACUGAACAAUGUGGCCGCCUUGCACUAUCGUCUAGGAAAUCUGGACGAGGCGAUGUCGAAGCUGGAGCAGGCGAUCGAACGGGCCAAAAUCGAGGCCCAGCAUGACGCCCAGUACUACGAUUCGAUUUCCGUCUCGAUGACGUACAAUUUGGCCCGCCUGUACGAAGCGAUGGCCGUGUUCGAUAAGGCCGACAAGCUGUACAAGGACAUCCUGAAGGAGCACCCGAACUACAUCGACUGCUACCUGCGGCUCGGUUGUAUGGCUCGGGACAAGGGGUUGAUUUUUGUCGCGUCCGAUUUCUUCAAGGACGCACUGAAGAUUAACAUGGAAAACCCGGACACCCGGUCGCUGCUGGGUAACCUCCAUCUCGCCAAGAUGCAGUGGACGCUGGGGCAGAAGAAUUUCGAGACGAUUCUCAAGAAUCCUGCCACCUCGAGCGACGCGUACUCCCUGAUUGCGCUCGGUAACUUUUGGCUGCAGAGUCUCCACCAGCCGAACCGGGACAAGGAGAAGGAGAAAAAGCACCAGGAGAAGGCACUCGCCAUCUACAAGCAGGUGCUGCGGAAUGACCCGAAAAACAUCUGGGCCGCGAACGGCAUCGGUGCGGUGUUGGCGCACAAGGGCUGCAUUAUUGAGGCGCGCGAUAUUUUUGCGCAGGUCCGUGAAGCGACGGCUGACUUUUGCGACGUGUGGAUCAACAUUGCGCACAUCUACGUCGAGCAGAAGCAGUACAUUAGCGCGAUACAGAUGUACGAGAAUUGCCUGAAGAAAUUCUACCGCCACAACAACGUCGAGGUGAUGCAGUAUCUGGCCCGGGCAUACUUCCGCGCGGGCAAACUGAAGGAGGCGAAGAUGACACUGCUGAAGGCACGUCGCGUUGCACCCCAGGAUACGGUGCUGCUGUUCAACAUUGCGCUCGUGCUCCAGCGCCUCGCCACGUUUGUGCUGAGGGACGAAAAAUCGGUCCUGAGCGUGGUGUUGCAGGCCGUGCACGAGCUGGGACUGGCUCACAAGUACUUCACCUACCUGUCGGCGCACGGUGAUAAGACCCGAUACAACAUAACGCUGGCGGAAACGGAAGCGAACCAGUGCCAGGAUCUGCUGCAGCAGGCACAGUACCACGUGUCGCGCGCACGCAAGAUCGACGAAGAGGAACGGUCGCUGCGGCAGAAGCAGGAGCUGGAGCGGGAGGAAUUCAAGCGCCGGCAGGCGGACGAACGGCGUCGGAUGGAGGAGAUGCGCCGGAAGGCGCACGAAGAGAUGCUGCUCAAGCGCCAGGAAUACAAGGAGAAAACGAAGAGCGCACUGUUCUUCGCCGAACCGACGCCCGAGCCGAAGAAGAAGGGUGGUCGCGGUCGGAAGGACUACAUUUCCGAUUCGGACGCCAGUGGCGGGGGUGAACGGGGCGAAGGUGGCAGUGGCGGAGAGGAGGCCCCGAGGGAACGUAAGUCGAAGGGCGAGAAGAAGUCGCGCAAGUCGACCGGUAGUCGUAAGAAGAAGGAAAAGAGCCGUAGGGGCAGCGGGGGUGACUCGGACAGCGAGGACGACGAUGGCGGUGAGCAGUCGCGUAAGCGCAAGAAGAAAGGAGCAGGUGGUUCUGGGCAGAGCAAGAAGAAGCAGAAGGCUUCGGAGGAGGGUCUGUCGCAGAAGCAGAAGAGUCGCAUCGUUUCGAAGGCUACCGUUUCGACGAGCGAGUCCGAUAGUGACCACAGCCGUCUGAAGAUUGCGAGUGGCGACGAAUCGGGUGGAGAGUCGGAAUCGGGUGCACCGGCAUCCAAGCGCAAGCGCCGUAUCGCGUCGGACGAUGACGAUUCGAGCGGGGGUUCGGCUCGUGGAUCACGGUCGCGUUCGCGAUCGGUGCGCUCCGGAUCGGGCUCGCGGUCCCGCUCGAGGUCACGAUCGGGCUCGGGAAGCCGUGGUCGAAGCCGCAGCGGCAGUGCCAAGAGCGGUUCUCGCAGCCGCAGCCGUUCUCGAAGCCGAUCGGGCAGUCGUGGAGGCAGAGGAUCGAGGAGUCGCUCGAAAUCGGGUAGCCGUAGCCGAAGCCGCAGUGCGGGAAGCCGUCGAAGUGGCAGUCGACGUGCAAGCGGAAGUCGUAGUCGAAGCCGCAGUGGAAGCCGCGGGAGCCGAGCUAGUCGGUCUCGCUCACGAUCUGGCUCCGGUCGAUCGCGAUCGCGCUCCGGAUCGGGUAGCCGGCAAGCGUCACCGAUUUCUCGCAAGUCCGUUUCCGGGUCCGAGUCGGAGUAGGCUGGCCCAGACGGGUAGGCUGCUAUGCUUCGUUAUCUAGGGUACUAUUCAUACGUUUGCAACGUUUAUUGAAAAACGUUUUACCUUAACCGAAACGCUGCUAAACUUGAAUAGUUUUUCAAACGUGUAAACAUAAUUUUCAUCUUUCAUAUUUUCUGUCU